AGCAGCAUGCCGGCGUAUCACUCGGAGCUCAACGAGCUGAAGGCGCAGGAGGCCUGCGGCUGCGCCAUCCUGCCCAUCAAGACGCGCGCGCGAGGACCCGCUCCCCCCGCGCCCGAGGACCAGUCCGACAUCGUGGACGAGAUCCUCACGCUCUUCCGCGCCAACGUGCUGUUCACCAACUUCGAGAUCAAGGGCAACGCCGACCGCGUGCUCAUCUACGGCACGCUCUUCGUGCACCUGUGCCUCAAGAAGCUGGACAGAUGCAACACCAAGACCGACGCCACGCGUAUCCUGCAGCAGACGGCGGUGGACUCAUUCGCGAUCCCCGGGGACUCAAGCUUCCCUCUGGGAGGUCUGGUGCGCGCGCCGUCGAGCGCGAACGAAGCAGAAACUAUCCGCGGGUUCUUCAAGCAGCUACGUGAAGCCAUCGCCUUUCGCCUGGUGGACGAGGUGUUCCCGAACGGAGAGAAGAGCAAGUGGUGGAUGCUGUUCGCCAAGCGAAAAUUCAUGAACAAGGAGCUGUCGCGUUAG